AUGGAACAGUGUAAAGAACACCACACGUUACAGAUGGAACAGUGUAAAGAACACCACACGAGACAGAUGGAACAGUGUAAAAAACGCCACACGAGACAGGUGAAACAGUGUAAAGAACAUCACGAGAGACUGGUUGAACAGUGUAAAGAACACAACAGUAGACAGAUGGAACAGUGUAAAAAACACCACACUAGACAGAUCGAACAGUGUAAAGAACAUCACACGAGACAGGUGGAACAGUGUAAAGAACACUACACUAGACAGAUGGAACAGUGUAAAGAACACUACACUAGACAGAUGGAACAGUGUAAAAAACGCCACACGAGACAGGUGAAACAGUGUAAAGAACAUCACGAGAGACUGGUUGAACAGUGUAAAGAACACAACAGUAGACAGAUGGAACAGUGUAAAAAGCACCACACUAGACAGAUCGAACAGUGUAAAGAACACCACACGAGACAGAUGGAACAGUGUAAAGAACAUCACAUGAGACAGAUGGAACAGUGUAAAGAACACUACAAGAGAUAG